CAACCAUACAUAUGUGGACGCAGCUCUGCUCUCUGCAGGGUGGAGACGAGGUGGUGGACCCCGGUGUGCAUGCACCUCCCUUCGUGCCCACCAGCAUCAGUGUGUGUGUGUGUGUGUGUGUGUGUGUGUGUGUGUGUGUGUGUGUGUGUGUAUGCGCGUGCGUGCAUGGAAUCAGCUCGCGGACGGGCUGAUCUGGUUAAGGGAGCUCAGGAAGGAAUAAAUCAUCUCUAACCUCCUCGUUGCUCGUUUAUAACCAAUCAGUUGCAGAAAGGCGAGGGUGACAGCAGCCCGGGCGCACAGGGUGCGGGCCCCCAGUCUGUGCACACUCAGGGACAGAUAAAUGUGCGUGUGCAUGCAUGCACCAGAGGGGCCGUUGUUCUUAUUGUCUGCCUUUCUCCGCAGAGAACAAGGGCAGCGGCGAGGGGCCUGCGCCCUGGGCUAGUGUUGCGGCCCUAAGCGGGUCGAAGGAGGCAAUUUCGCGGGUGGGGGAGGGUGGAGGAGACCUUGAUUUCCACCAAUCCCGGGGCGCGUGUCUGCGGAGUCCAGGGCGCAGCGGAAGGCUGCGGCGCGCCGCUGAAUGAACUGAUGAGAGCGAGUUCUCAGCUUGCCCCUGAGGGGAGCGGAGCGAGGGUCCCGGCGGGCACGGCAGAGGCGCCGGGGGCGGGCUAGCGGUCCCGGGCCGCCGUGGAAAUUUCCAAGGACUUGGCGCGGCUGGGAGAGCACGUCUUGGGGGGUGCCGGGCACCGCGGCGGCGCAGGAGGCGGGGGAAAGGGCGGUGCAGGGCGCAGGAGCAUCUUUAUCUGGAAGGGACACAGCGGGUCAGAUGUCCCAGAGCCAGCAGCACCUCUUCCACGACCCCAGCCGAGGGCGGCUGUGAUGCUGUAGUAAGGGCGGCAGCAGCUGGCCCCGCUGCUCUCGCCCAAACCCCUCCGUCGCCUACCUCUGCAGGGAAAGGGACCAUGGCUCGUGACUUGCCCAGAGGCCACUUCCUCUAGCAAGAAAUCCGUGGGAAAAGUUGCAUUGGCGAAGAUCCUUGUAGCUGACCUCUGGGGCCGUGGUGGGGGUCCCCCCAGCCCUGCGUGUGCAUGCAAGAAAGCUAAAGGUGUGUGUGUAUGGGGGGCCGGCCGUGGAGGCACCCUCUCCUGCCACUUCGCCUGGCAUUGUGCUGAGGCUCCCACGACCGACCCUGGAUGCCGAGACUGUGAUGAGCCCCUGCGGGCGGGCCCGGCGACACACGUCCAGAGGGGCCAUGGCCAUGCUGGCAUGGAAGUUCCCGCGUACCCGGCUGCCUGUGGGAGCCAGUGCCCUCUGUGUAGUGGUCCUCUGUUGGCUCUACGUCUUCCCUGUCUACCGGCUACCCAACGAGAAGGAGAUCGUACAAGGGGUGCUGGCACAGCGCAUGGCUUGGAGGAGGAACCAGACCGCUGCCAGGCUCUUCAGGAAACAAAUGGAAGACUGUUGCGAUCCCGCCCAUCUCUUUGCUAUGACUAAGAUGAAUUCUCCCAUGGGGAAGAGCCUGUGGUAUGAUGGGGAGUUUUUAUACUCAUUCACCAUUGACAAUUCCACGUACUCCCUCUUCCCCCAGGCAACCCCCUUACAGCUGCCAUUGAAGAAAUGUGCGGUGGUGGGAAACGGUGGGAUUCUGAAGAUGAGUGGCUGUGGCCGUCAAAUAGAUGAAGCAGAUUUUGUCAUGCGAUGUAAUCUCCCUCCUUUGUCAAGUGAGUACACCAGGGAUGUCGGAUCCAAAACUCAGUUGGUGACAGCUAAUCCCAGCAUAAUUCGACAGAGGUUUCAAAACCUGCUGUGGUCCAGAAAGACGUUCGUGGACAGCAUGAAGAUUUAUAACCACAGCUUUAUUUACAUGCCUGCCUUCUCUAUGAAGACGGGAACAGAGCCCUCUCUCCGUGUGUAUUACACACUGAAAGAUGUUGGUGCCAAUCAAACAGUGCUUUUUGCUAACCCUAACUUUCUACGGAACAUUGGAAAGUUCUGGAAGAGCAGGGGCAUCCAUGCCAAGCGCCUGUCUACAGGACUCUUUCUGGUGAGCGCAGCCUUGGGCCUUUGUGAGGAGGUGGCCAUCUAUGGCUUCUGGCCCUUCUCUGUGAAUUUGCAGGAGGAGCCCAUUAGUCACCACUACUACGACAAUGUCUUGCCCUACUCAGGCUUCCAUGCCAUGCCUGAGGAAUUUCUCCAACUCUGGUACCUUCAUAAAAUUGGUGCACUGAGGAUGCAGCUAAACCCAUGUGAGGAACCAUCUCUUCAGCCCACUUCCUAGGGACCAUAAAAGAAGAAAGGACCGGGUCGGGUAUUUUUUGCUAGGUUUUCUAUGUGACUUCUAAAAGGAAUGGCCAAAGUGUGUCAUGGAUUGGCAUGAUAGGAAACAAACAAAAACCCAAGCAAAACUUUGCUUUUGAUGUUGGCUUGGAGAACAAUAAGAAGUAAAAUGUUCUGGGGGAACAUUUUAUAUCAUGCUGUGGAUUUGCAGCUGGGACAACACCAAGGAGAUGAUGCUAGCAGAUCAUGUGUCUGUGGUUCAAAUCUAGAAGAUGCAAUUCAAGGACCAGAUGAACUCUCAUUGUUGAGGCUGAGGGGCUCAUCAUGGCAGCAUGUGGGAGAUGCUGGGGUAUUGCUGACUGUCAAUAUACACUGGCAUCAUAGUCAUUUUAAAAAACCUGUCUUAUUGAGACUGGCAUUAGAACUGUAGGUUUUUAAAAAUUAUUAUUUAUUUUUGCCCUGUUUAGGGCUAUGGGUGGGUGAUGGGGUAGACUUACAAAAUCCUUCCUGCUGAUUUUUGUGAUUCAUUAAAACAAGUCUAUGUUGACUAUAGUCCCCUCCACUAGUACAGUUUUAAAUAAGAAUUGCUUCUUGCCUCUUUGGUUAAGCUAUUUAGCAUGAAGCUCUGUUGAAGUUAGACUGUGUUGAUUCAUAGUCUAGAUAACAUGAGACACUUCCUCUCUUCAGAAAUUGAGAGAGAAACUCAAUUUUAGGUCCCCAUUACAUCAACCCAUUGGCUGUGUUGCUAUUAUUUUCACAAAAUCACUACACGUGCAAGUACAUUCUUUACUUGUAAAGUGGCAAAAGUGUCUUCCUUUAAUGAGAGCUGAAAUAGGUCACAGUGAGUAAGAACUUCGUCUCUGAGGCAGACAGACCAGAAGGCAGGGGGCCCUUUCCUCUUUAACAUGAAUAUUUCCCUUCAAGAUAACUCAUGCGUGUGCACAUUUGAAUGUUUUCUUUCAAGAUAAUGUGUGUGUAUGCACACAUAAAUAUAGACACACUAUACAAAGUAAUCAAAGAUUAUUCUCAUGUGACUAUGAAAACUGAGUGCGCAUGGCCUGGUGUUGGAGAGCUGCAGAGAUAGAGUACAGAAUCCAUCCCACGUUGGCGUCAGUUGAGCUGGCACAGCAGUUGCUGUCAGUUUGCAUGCCAGCACAGGGUGCAAGCUUUACCCUCAAAUACGUAAUCCAGAAUGAAAACUGCCCUCUUACUCAUGCUGCCUCCCCUCCCCCUCCCCCCAAACCUCAUGAAUGGGCCUUGUGUUGAGCACAGUGACAUGUGACGUGGCUCACGCAGGUGAGCAGGUAGGAGCCACUAGCUGUGGACUUCCUCAGUGUCAGGUGGGGCUGCUGGGCAGCUUGGCACAGCAGCUUUAACACAACACGGCAGGGGCACUCUGCUUGCAGAUUAUGGCCAAAUGUGUUUACUGGAGGUAAGGGACAAGCAGGGACAUCUUUCAUAGCAUUUGUGCUUUGAGGCGUCUUAGGCUCCAAGGAGAUAUGAAGACUCACGUUUAUUCUUUCAAGUGUUGUCAUGAUGUAGGCAAAAUCAACCCACAAGCUCUUCUGCACCAUGGAGGUAGAAACUUAGUAUAUUGACCAUGUCUAUGAAGACAGGGGCUUUAAAAAGAAGUCUAACUUACAAGAUAUCAGAGUUGUUGAGUUGUUCAUCUAGGGGCAGGGGGUUUCCAAAUGUGAUUAAAUAUCCAGGUCAUUCUAGAAAUCGGCAUUUGGACUGGCAUGAGGUGCCACGAUGGUGCACACCUUGUGGCGAUGUUUAGAGAAUGAAGAGUUUGGGAAGCUCACCACUGUGCAGGGCUGGCUUAGUGUUUCUAUCCUGUGUGGCAGCAUCAGGAUAUCAGGAAGGCAGGGUGAGUUGUGUUAGUCCUGUCUGUCCAACCCUGACCUGAAUAUAAUCCCUGUUUUGAGUGACUAGAAGUUAGUAAUUACCUAAGAAAGAAUACAUUUUUACCAAUAGAUUCAUUAAAAGUGUAAAAGGUCUAAGAAAACAACAAAUACAAAGAUUAAUUAAGUGUGCAUUCAGAUGAAUGCAUUAAUUGGUCAAAAUCUGAAGAAGCAGCUCAUAAAAUCCACACAUCAUGGUUCACUGAGAAUGCUGUCUGGGAGUCUGAACUCUCACUACAGUUCCUGGAACAGGUCCGUGUAAGAGACUUGUGUGUUUAGUCUAUGAAUUGUAAAGCUGUUCUGCAUGGCAUCUGAAUUGCGGAAUGGAGAUGACCAACACUGUCAGCUGACCUGUGCUUCCACCUGCGCCGACUUCCCUCCCCCUCAGGUGCCAUGAGCCAACACCUGAGAACAUUUUUCAUUGUUAUGACCAGGAAUGCCAGCUGCUUGUGGUAGGGAACAGCCAUGGAUAGUGGUCCAACAGCAGCAGGUCAGCCGCUUACCACAAAGAACGACCCAGAGAAUUGUCAGUAGUGUGAAAACUGAGAAACCCCAAGGUAGACCAAAAGGAAAGUUUGACUGCUCAUACUGUCUGCCUUUUAGGACAUAGGUACAAUGUUCAUGUCGCAAACAGCAUUGCUGCAACCUUUAUUAUUUUAUAGUGACAAUUCAUAGGUGUGUUAUAUGUAUAACUUUUUGUGUGUUUGGUUAGAUGAUGUAGUUAAGCAAGAGGUAGGUCUCACCACCCCCUCUGUGUGUGUGUGUGUGUGUGUGUGUGUGUGUAUAACUGUGUGUGUAUUUACAUUAUUUUUAGUAAAAUACAUGUUCCUACAUAGAAACCUCUCCAGAAUUGUCCUGUAGAACAUUCUGGAGUACCCUUAGGAGAUUGUUUAUUAUUCAAUUCUACUUAUUGAAAUUAAGGCUUUCAGCUCUGGGCCUGGUCCAUUAAUGUAUUUGACCUUUAAUGGUCAGACAGAAGGGAUUUGCAUUAUGGUGGAUAUGUUCAAUAAAAAGGAUUUAAUUCAGUUCAGUGCAUCUGGCAAGGGAUGAUGCCCCUUCUCUACCACCAAUUAGACCAAUGUUUUAAGUGUGUGUAUGUGUGCAUGCAUGGCAGUGUAUAUGAGAGACAGAGACAAAGAGAGACAGAGGGAGACAGAGAGAGAGAGAGAGACAGACAGACAGACAGACAGACAGACAAAAGUAAGAUUGCUUCAUGGGGGUGCGGACAGGAAAGGUUGCAGAGACUGCAAAUGAGCACCCAGAUAGGAACUUCCAUUUUAGUCAACUGCAGCUUGAGAAUUGCUUUGGUUCUCAAGCUCCUGAGUGAGGAUGGCUGCUAUUUGAUUUCAAUCACACUUCACUAAAAAUUAUGCCAGAUGGAAAGUAAGUUAUCCCACCAGAGAUAAAGCUUGUAUGUGAAAGAUCUUUUCACAGAUGAUGACUGUGGACCCAUAUACUCACUAUAAAGUACUUCACAAAAGUGCAUAAAAAUCAUGUGCUUGAACUAGCUUGUUCACUUUUAUGACUUUGUCAAAGGAAGUGAGCAGAAGGAGAGACUUGUCGGCCCUUAAGAGUGCUGACUGUUCAGUUCCUGACACAUGCUUCCCUGUGCAGCUGCCUGUCACUCCAGUUCCAAGGGAUCUGGUGUUCUCUUCUGGCCUCCAUGGACACUGCAUGCAAGUGGGAUCAUAUACAUACACAUAAUAAGUGAAUGCAUCUUAAUAAAGGUAGAGAAUUCGUUCUCUAAAGUGGCAGGUGUUCAGGUAGUGCCCUUUCUGCUGCUUUGCUGGGAAGCCAGUCAUCUAUAGUUUUAAUUUCUAUGUUUGAAAAAUAUCAGCUGUGUGGAAUUUUUUGCUGCCAAAUCUUUGUCAGGAGGGAUCUAAUGAGGACAUCAGUCACCAGUGCACUGAGGGGUCUUCACCUUAGGAACUGCCGUGCCUAAGCUUGCACUUGCUAAUCAAAGCGCUCCCAUCGCAGAGUCUGGUCACCUUGACCCAGUUGCAGCCCUGCAUAUGAUCAUGAGGAGUAGAGCUCUAGUCUCUGUGUACACAGAUGAACUUUCUGAAUCCCCAAAGCUAGGGAGAUAGCAAAUACCCCAUAGUUCCUGUGCUGUGUCUUUGAAAUCAUGAACUUCUAAAGCCCAGAGUCCACAUUUAGUCUUUAAAUGUGAGGCCCUAUACAGUUUCUGUUUUAUAAGGGAGAGAGUCUUAAAUUUGUAAACAUCACACACACACACACACACACACACACACACACACACACACACACACACAAAUAUGAAUAGUAUCUGCCUUAUUCUCAGCCUUAAUGUGCCAUUUGACAUUUUCACAUACAUCCCAGAGAUGAAUGAUUGACGUGUGUGUAUGAAUGGAAAGGUCAUUCAUACUAUUCAUACUAUCUAACCUUUCUCGUUGAACAAGGAAGAAACAUGCUUCUGCUUCCUUGUUUGGGUUUUCUCUCUGUUGCUGACGUUUGUAGUUUCUUCUUCCUUUAACACAGAGAAACAAACAUAUUGAAGUGAAUUAUAAUAUCGUGAGCACUUGAGCCAAAGCCCUUGACUAUCACUUGAUAGGGCACAAAAGAGGAAUUAUAUUUUAUGGUUGCUCAUUUGCCUAUGACUCUCAAUUUCACUGCUGUGUUAAAAGCCUUCUUGGUUUUGCUUUUCAAUUGAAACUUGGGGAUUCAAUCAAUGACACAAUGUUGUCCAAGAGUUUUAUGCUGUGAUACCCAAAUAUACUGACCAUGCUUCUUCUAGCUUCUGUGUAAUUCGACUCCUCCAGGUAACUCACACUUUCAAAUGUGUGUUUCAUGCAAUAACAGUAAACACCAAGAGAUGUGACUUAGUCCAAAACAGAGAAAACUGGAUUCAUGGAAUUCUGGACUUCUCUGUAUAGUAACAGAAA